AUGGCCUCAAAGUUGUGCCGUGCCCUGAGCAUUCAGAAAAGGAACUUCUUUUCUAAAUGUAGCCAGGUGCCUCUUGAAAAGUACAUGUCAAAUCCAAAGUUCCUUCCGCAGACUUGGAAUCAGCCAACUACAGAAAUCUCAACCCUAGAUAACGGCCUUAGGGUUGCUAGUGUAAAGACCCAGGAUGAAACCGUCACUGUGGGCGUUUGGAUUUACAGCGGUUCCAGGUACGAGACAGCUGAGACAAACGGCACAGCCCACUUUUUGGAGCACAUGAUUUUUAAGGGCACUGAGAAGAGAACUAGAGUUCAGUUGGAGCGGCAGAUUGAGGCCAAAGGCGCGCAUUUAAAUGCAUAUACCGCAAGGGAACAGACUGGAUACUAUGCUAAAUGCUUUGCCAAGGAUACGACUUGGUGUAUCGAAUUACUGUCAGAUAUUUUGCAAAAUAGUGUUAUAGAUCCGGGGCAAAUGGAAACUGAGAAGCACGUUAUACUCCGCGAAAUGGAAGAGGUGGAAAAGUCCAAAGAUGAAGUGAUAUUUGAUAGAUUACAUAUGACAGCUUUUAGGGAUUCUUCUUUAGGGUUCACCAUUUUGGGUCCAGAAGAAAACAUUCGCAACAUGAAACGACAGCACCUGAUUGACUAUAUCAAUGCAAAUUAUACUACUGACAGAAUGGUGUUGUGUGCCGUUGGCAAUGUGGAUCACAACAAACUGGUGGCUGAUGCCAAUACCUACAUGUCAACUCUCAGGCGUGGAGAUAAGAAGGAGAGGACUGAAGUUAAACCCUUUUUUGUAGGAUCGGAGCUACUUAACAGAAAUGAUGACAUGGGCCCUACUGCUCAUGUUGCAGUUGCUUUUGAGGGCGUGCCCUGGGACUCUCCCGACGUAAUCGCCUUCAUGCUUAUGCAAUCGAUAAUAGGUACUUAUAGGAAAGACGAGGGGAUAAUUCCUGGCAAAAUAUCUGGCAACAGGACUAUACAUGCAGUGGCGAACAGAAUGACUGUUGGGUGUGCUGACAUGUUUACUGCCUUUAAUACUUGUUACAAGGAUACUGGCCUAUUCGGGUUUUAUGCCCAGUGUGACGAAGUUGCUAUUGACCAUUGCAUUGGGGAGCUUAUGUUUGGCAUCACUUCUCUCUCCUAUAGCGUUACUGAUGAGGAAGUGGAGAGGGCUAAGAAGCAGCUUCUCACCCAGUUCCUAGGUAUGAUGGAUUCAACCUCUACUUUGGCUGAGGAGGUGGCUAGGCAGGUUUUGGUAUACGGGAGGAGAAUUCCACUCUCUGAAUUCAUUAUAAGAUUACAGGCAAUCGACUCGGAGGAGAUAAAGAGGGUGGCGUGGAAGUACCUGCAUGAUCAGGAGAUCGCCGUAACGGCAUUGGGACCUAUUCACGGAAUACCACCGCUGCACGAUAUCCGCCAGAAGACUUACUGGCUGAGAUACUAA